CUUUUGGAAGCGAAACUGAGGCCGCAUUGCCUGCUGGGUAGUGUAGUUCAGCGGUGGCCGAGUCCUUCAGACCUGGCCGCUACGAUAAGGCGGGUGAACUCGCAGCGCUUGAAUACCCGGGGCCUAACCGUCCACUCGGAAGACUGGCCCCUCUCGGGAGGCUCUGGAGUCGCGCCUGGGGUCAGGGCCGGGGGCGAAUGCAGCUCGCGUUCUGGGCCUCCCUGGGUUGGAAAGAGACUAUUUUAGCAAGUGUCACGCCAUGCUUUUGCCAAUUUUCCAAUUAAAGGUUGACAUUCCUGCAUAAGCAUUUCUCUGUGAAAAUGUCCUUGCCUCUUACAGAGGAGCAGAGGAAAAAAAUUGAAGAGAAUCGACAAAAAGCUCUGGCCCGUAGAGCCGAGAAGUUAUUGGCAGAACAGCAUCAGAGGACUAGCUCAGGCACCUCCAUUGCUGGCAACCCAUCCCAGGCCAAGCAAGGCCCAUCCCAAAAUUUCCCAAGGGAGUCUUGUAAGCCAGUGAGCCAUGGUGUAAUUUUCAAGCAACAGAAUCUCAGUAGCUCAUCUAAUGCUGACCAAAGACCUCAUGAUUCCCACAGUUUUCAAGCAAAGGGAAUAUGGAAAAAGCCAGAAGAAAUGCCCGCUGCCUGCCCAGGCCACAGCCCACGAAGUCAAAUGGCUGUCACUGGAAUCUCUCCUCCCUUGGCACAAAGUCCUCCAGAGGUCCCUAAACAGCAGCUCUUGAGUUAUGGGUUAGGUCAAGGUCAUGCCGAGGCUUCACCUGAGAUCAGGUUCACACCCUUUGCUCACCCAACUCAUGAGCCUUUGGCCAAAGCAAAGAGUUCCCAAGAGACACUAGCUCGUUCCUCUGGACAGCCUCCCAGGGAUGCUAAGUUAGAGGCCGAGACAGCAAAAGCCUCCACCUCGAGGCAGAACAUUUCUUAUAUCCAUUCGAGCUCAGGGACAGAAGGAAGACUCCAAAAGAAGUCAGGGUCCUCAGUCGAAAAAGGAGUGAUCUCUCAGAAGGGAAAGUGCAUAAGGAAUGGCGAUCGUUUCCAGGUGUUAAUUGGGUACAAUGCAGAACUCAUUGCAGUGUUUAAGAGCCUGCCCAGCAAGAGAUAUGAUCCUGACACCAAGACGUGGAACUUCAGCAUGAAUGACUAUAGUGCCCUGAUGAAAGCAGCCCAGAGCCUCCCCACGGUCAACCUGCAGCCUCUGGAAUGGGCCUAUGGCAGCAGUGAGUCACCCUCCACCAGCAGUGAGGGACAGGCUGGCCUUCCAUCAGCUCCGUCCCUUUCCUUUGUCAAAGGGCGAUGCAUGCUCAUAUCCAGGGCCUACUUCGAAGCAGACAUCGGUUAUUCACAGGACCUGAUUGCACUUUUUAAACAGAUGGAUUCCAGAAGAUAUGAUGUCAAGACCAGGAAGUGGAGCUUUCUCUUGGAAGAGCACAGUAAACUAAUUGCAAAGGUGCGCUGCCUCCCACAAGUUCAGCUGGAUCCUCUGCCCACGACUCUCACCCUGGCAUUUGCUUCUCAGCUCAAGAAGACAUCUCUCAGUCUCACGCCAGAUGUCCCAGAGGCAGACCUUUCUGAAGUGGACCCCAAGCUCGUGUCUAAUCUUAUGCCCUUUCAGAGAGCUGGAGUCAAUUUUGCCAUAGCCAAAGGAGGCCGCCUGCUGCUCGCUGACGACAUGGGCCUGGGGAAGACCAUCCAAGCCAUCUGCAUCGCAGCCUUUUACCGGAAGGAGUGGCCUCUCCUGGUGGUGGUGCCAUCCUCCGUGCGCUUCACUUGGGAGCAGGCCUUCCUUCGGUGGCUACCGUCUCUGAGCCCAGACUGCAUCAACGUCGUGGUGACUGGGAAGGACCGCCUGACAGCUGGCCUGAUCAACAUUGUCAGCUUUGACCUUCUUAGCAAGUUGGAAAAACAGCUAAAAACCCCUUUUAAAGUUGUCAUCAUUGAUGAAUCUCACUUCCUCAAAAACAGUAGGACCGCCCGCUGUCGAGCAGCUAUGCCGGUCCUAAAGGUUGCCAAGAGGGUGAUCCUGUUGUCGGGCACACCAGCCAUGUCCCGGCCCGCAGAACUCUACACGCAGAUCAUCGCAGUCAAGCCAACGUUCUUCCCCCAGUUUCAUGCCUUUGGACUUCGCUACUGUGAUGCCAAGCGGAUGCCUUGGGGGUGGGACUACUCAGGUUCCUCCAACCUGGGAGAGCUGAAGCUUCUGCUGGAGGAAGCGGUCAUGCUGCGGCGCCUCAAGUCUGACGUCCUUUCCCAGCUGCCUGCCAAGCAGCGCAAGAUAGUGGUGAUUGCCCCAGGACGGAUCAAUGCCAGGACCAGAGCUGCCCUGGAUGCUGCAGCCAUGGAAAUGACCACCAAGGACAAAACUAAACAGCAGCAGAAAGAUGCCCUCAUUCUCUUCUUCAACAGAACGGCUGAAGCUAAAAUCCCAUCUGUCAUUGAAUAUAUCUUGGACCUACUGGAAAGUGGAAGAGAGAAGUUUCUAGUGUUUGCACACCAUAAGGUGGUCCUGGAUGCAAUUACGCAGGAGCUUGAGAGAAAGCACGUGCAGCACAUCCGUAUCGAUGGCUCCACCUCGUCGGCUGAGCGGGAGGACCUGUGCCAGCAGUUCCAGCUGUCGGAGAGGCAUGCCGUGGCCGUGCUGUCCAUCACCGCUGCCAAUAUGGGCCUCACCUUCUCCUCGGCUGACCUGGUGGUGUUUGCUGAGCUGUUUUGGAACCCAGGGGUGCUGAUCCAGGCUGAGGACCGCGUGCACCGCAUUGGACAGACCAGCUCGGUGGGCAUUCACUACCUCGUGGCAAAGGGCACAGCUGAUGACUACCUUUGGCCCCUGAUUCAAGAGAAGAUUAAAGUUCUGGCGGAAGCCGGGCUUUCUGAGACCAAUUUUUCAGAAAUGACAGAAUCCACUGAUUACCUCUACAAGCACAGUCCAGACCUCCAGAACUGUGUUUUCUGGAAGCGUCAACUGAAAUGAAGAAAAUCUGGGCCCAUCUCCUCCCACUCCUGUCCCUGCCAUCAAUUGUACCCUUACAGGAUUUUACUAGACGUCACCUCUGGCCCAUGGAGCUGGUCUCUGCCUUCCCUCACCAGGGUCACUGAGAGGUAUCUUGUUUCCGGAGUGAUCCUGGUUGAUUUCUGCCUCUAGGGCUGGCAUCAAGGAAGCCUCUAAGAGGCAGCAAAGGAUCCUGUUAGUCUUGAUCCACUUGUGCUUGAAUUAAUCAUGUCUUUUUCCUUCUUGGCUUCAGAGGAGCCUUUUUCUAGAUCAGUGGGAGAGCUGAGAAAUCGAGCAGGAGGUGUCAUCCCCACACCACUGGCUCUGAGGUGUUGCCUUGUCUGUUCAUUCUUGUCUGUUAGAACCUCAAUGCUUCUUGAAGUUCUAUCCUCUUUUUUGCAAAGGGGAGAGAAUGAAGUCCAACCUUAUGUUUACUCCAUCCUCCCACUUCUCACCAAGUUCAGAAUUACCAACAUAAAAAAUGGCUUGGAAGUUUAAAGAGGGUUAAUCGGAGAAGUCUCUUCUACCUGUGCUUUGUUUUGGUUUUGUGUUUUUCUGUGAGGUCUCAGUGAAGGAAAUGAAUUCCCGACCACAGCAGAAAGCAUUAAGAAGCCUGUGAGUCACAGUCUUUUGGGCAUCAUGACAAUCAACAGUCAUUUGAUUUUGCAAGAUCCUCUGCACACAUUUCUCUCCCACCCCCUAUCCAACAGAUUUUGAGGCUCUUUUUCUCUUUUUUUAACCCUCUUUUUGGGGGCAAAAGACAAUAUACAGAAAAGUUCAUAAAACAAUUUACAGUUUAACAAAAUAUUUAAAAAUAAACAUCCAUGUAACCAUGACCCCCAGGUUAUAAAAAUAGUAUGUUGUGAGGCCAGGUGCGGUGUCUCAUGCUUGUAAUCCCAGCA